AAAAAGCAAAUCAUUUCCAAUCAAACCAACCGUCGCACAGUAGCCGCACCCGUCCGUCCGGCGCAGAGUUAGGUUGCGGCAGCGACGACGAGGCCGGAGGCGAGGCGAGGAGCGGCGCGGCGGCCGGAGAUGUCGCAGAAGCGGCAGCCGGAUGAGACCAUCGGCGGGGCCCUCGGAGCCCCCGGCCCGGCCGAAUCCGGGGCCGGGAGCUCCUCGCCGCCCCACCGCCGCGGGGAGCCCAAGCGGCAGAGGGUCCCCGCCCUCCGCGAGGUGAUCACGGAGGUGAUGCGGAAGAGCACCAUCGAGAAGUUCUUCGUGGCGAUCGAGCCCCUCAUCCGAAGAGUGGUGAAAGAAGAAAUCGAGUCAGCGUUUGCAAAUCAUGCCACUAUGAUGACAAGAACUGUCAUGGAUGUGGUUCCAUCUACAUCAAAAAAUUUCCAGCUCCAAUUCAUGACUAAGCUUUCACUUCCGAUUUUCACUGGCUCCAAGAUUGAAGGAGAGAGCUCCUUAAGUAUAACUAUUGCUCUAGUUGACACUGUUACCAGAGAAGUCGUAGCAUCAGGCAAUGAGUCCCUGAUGAAAGUUGAAAUAGUAGUUUUAGAGGGGGAUUUUGAAGGUGGAGAAGGUGAUGACUGGACAGCUCAGGAGUUUAACAAUAACAUUAUUAGAGAAAGGGAAGGUAAACGGGCCUUGCUUUCUGGGGACGUUUUUGUUGCCCUAACUGAAGGCAUUGGUACAGUGGGGGAACUGUCAUUCACAGAUAAUUCCAGUUGGACACGCAGUCGUAAGUUCAGGCUAGGUGCAAAAACCGAGGAUGGUUCUCAUAAUGGAGUAAGGGUCCGCGAAGCAAAGUCUGAAUCAUUUGUGGUAAAGGAUCAUCGUGGAGAAUUGUACAAGAAGCAUCAUCCCCCUGCUCUUGAUGAUGAGGUUUGGCGCCUGGAGAAGAUUGGGAAGGAGGGAGCUUUUCACAAGCGUUUGAAUAGGGAGAGAAUUGUUACUGUAAAAGAUUUUCUCACCUUACUACAUCUUGAUGCUCCUCGACUUCGGAAGGUAUUGGGCGGUGGCAUGUCAACCAAGAUGUGGGAGGUCACAGUUGAGCAUUCAAAAACCUGUAUUCUCACUGACAAGGUGCAUGUGUACUAUCCAGACAGCCUACGAAAAACAGCUGUCGUGUUCAAUGUUGUUGGAGAAGUGAGAGGAUUAAUAUGUGAGAAGUUUGUUUCUGCUGAUGAUCUUACGGAAAAGGAGAAGGCUGAAGCACAUGCAUAUGUGAAGCAAGCGUAUGAAAAUUGGAAGAAUGUCUUCACCUGUGACAAUGAAACACUUAUAUCAAAUCCUUCACACCUCUUUGAUGUGAGACCUCCAUCAUUGCUCCAAGAUGAAUAUAACCAGUUUCCCACACAAGUUUCUACAGAUGGUUUUGGUUUGAGCCAGUUAAGCAUACCAUCAUCUGACAUUUUCUCAAUCGAUCCCUCGAGUGCAUUGGAUCCCUGUCAGCUGGAAACUGCAGAAAGCAGUGAAAAUCAAUAUCAGCCAGAGUUACCCCCACUCGGUGGUCAUGGGCCACCUCAAGUGUCACAAACAAUAGACAAGUUCCCCAAUUCUUUGGUUUAUGAGGACUGCACCAGUCAUCCCCCGUUCAGUGAAGAUUACUAUCGUUGCGCAGAUCCUUCUGUAUCCUUUGACACACAAGACCUCGGAGCUGCACUAAAAGGCUUCAUUGCAACGAUAUCUAAGCCCAAGGCAUAUAGAGGAUGGAGGACAUUGUCUUAUGUUUUAGGAUGGAUAUUCUACACCAAGAGAAUUGUUGCUCUAAAAAGAAUGAAAUAACGUUUUUUGUUCGGUUUUCAUUCACGUGUUUGUCCCUGUUUUGUUUAGUUAAACUGUGAAAUAUAUAUGCGUGGAUAAAAGGAAAAUAUGUACAUAUGAGUUUGACAGUCUUGUAAACUUUUUUGGGCACAGCUGGCACGCUCUGCUGGUUUAUCAGCUGCCUCCAGCAUUUUGUCAGCAAGAAUAGCUUUCAGCUUUGCCUGUAAA